AUUUCGCCGAUUUCGCUUUAGAAAUUCCUCGGUCUGCGUUUGAGUUGUGUUGAUUUCGCUCACGUCGAAAAUUCACAGAAAAUUUAUUUGCAUAGACCACUUACAGCAGAGCAGAAAAAUGUCGGGCUACACGAAGCAGUAUCUGGAGGACAAACUACGAAAAGAACUUGACGCAGUUCACAUAGACCUCGAAGACAUAUCAGACGGAUGCGGUGCCAAAUAUAACGCGAUCAUUGUGUCUCCAAAAUUCGAGGGUAAAGCUCUUCUGGAGAGGCACAGGAUGGUGAACACCAUUUUGGCUGAGGAACUCCAGGUGAUUCACGCCUUCUCGCAGAAGACGCUCACUCCGAAGCAGUGGGAAGAAAAGAAGCAAGCGUGACAAAUAGUGUACUUAUUACGCCUUUUAAGAGUGGUAAAAGUGUGGUCCAAUUGAGCCUUCUGUACUCUCUCUCACAACGUAAAUGAUAGUAAUCGUUAAUUAAAUGCGUUUUGAAUCUGUC